UGGAGGCUUUGAACUCCAAUAGUUUAUAUAUUUUUCUCCUUCCUAUAAAGUUUGUCUAAACAUAUUGGUGAGGGAAAAAAAACAAAGAAAAUGAUGAAGUUUGAGGCUCAGAUUCUUUCAAAAGAAAUCAUCAAACCAUCUUCCCCAGAAAUUCAUCAAAAAGAACCCUUCAAACUCUGUGUAUUUGAUCAGCUAACUCCCACCACUUAUGUUCCAAUCAUAGUAUUCAAUAGCCAUCCUAAAGGACAUGACAAAAGGGGAAGUCGUGACCACACCGACACGAACCGUAGCUAUCUCGGCUUUCAUCUGGAAAUGUUCAAUGGCGGCAUCCAGGGCGAUACAAGGAACCUUGAAACCAAUAUUGUAGUCCAAGUGGUGAAAAUGAGGUCAAAAGGGAAGCUUACGACAUUAGAUGGUUCGAUUGGGAAUGUGUUUUGGUUGGCGAGUGCACUCUCGAAUCCAGCCGAGACAGGCACCGAGUUAUCCACAUUGGUCGAGUUGAUGAGUCAAUCCAUUGCUGCUAUCGACGACGAAUACAUGAGAUCCGUCCAAGGUGAACAAGGGUUUGAAGCCAUCGCUGAGCACUUGAACCAGCUGGAGCUGUUGUUUUCCUUUGAAAAACCUGAUAUUUUCGCCUUCACCAGCUGGAUCAACACUCAUUUUGACAAACUAGAUUUCGGAUGGGGGCAACCUUGUUCAUGGGCAAUACUGGGAAAAGCAGGGCAAUUUGGAAACUUAACUAUUCUCGUUGAAACCAAAUAUGGGAAAGGAAUAGAAGCUUGGAUAACCUUAGAUGAAACCAGAAUGUAUGCACUACAAAAAGAUCAUGAAUUCCUAAACUUUGCUUCUCCAGAUCUCCAGAUUUCAAGCUUGUGAGUGUCUUUGGAUGAUCAAUAAAUCUCCUCUACUAUGAAUAAGGUAUUUUUCAGUAGUAUAUGGUUUCUACCUACUUUAAUUUUUUGUCUUUCAGGUGCUUUUAAGCAUUGCUGUUGGACUGCUAUGUUGACGGAUUAUUAGUUUUUUUUUUUUCUUUUCAAAAUAUAUAUUUGAGAGUGGGUGUGAAAGUCUUUGGAAUUUUUUUAUCAGUUAGUGUUUAAUAUAUUAUUUAUUGGAAGCCAUUUUCAUUUGCUUCCCGCA